CGGACACGAGACCGGGGGUUAAAAAUCCAGAGACUGAAACAAUAAAAACACUAAACGAUCGCUUUCCCACACACACAAACACACACUCACACAGAAACACAAAGGACGAAGGAUUCGGCACUCAGCAGUCAGCAAUCCGGCGAGGACUUGUGCGUCUGUUAACAUCCGCAUUUGAAUUUAAAUGCGAAACGUUGAUCAAACGGUGCAGACGUGUUUCUCCCAACGGUAGCGCUCGGCGUUUUUCCCUAACGAGUUUUUCAUGCCACGCAUCGCAUCAAGUGAAGAAAGUUGUACAAAUUUUAUACUGAAUAAUAACAAGAUAAACGCAGAAGUGAAAACUAAAGAACAAAAGUGCUGAAAUAAAUAUAAGAACUUGCCAAAGCAAAAACAGAAAAGGAAAUCAUAAGCCAUGUCUUCCUCCGAGGCCGAAGUUGACAUCAGUGUGGUCUCCAGUCCGGAGCCGAGUCCUUUGGGCGCCGCCGUCCGCGACAGUCCGCUGCUGGCCCGCUCGCCGGCCCGCUCCGCCGACGGCAGUUCGCCGCCCGCCACGCCCACGCAUCGCUCCAACACGCCCAACACGGCCGCCGGCACGCCUACCACCUCCGCAUCGGGCGGCAAUCACUUCCACCACAGUCCCAGCGGAGGAGCCGUGCCGCCGGCGGUGCUGCACCACCAUCUGCAGCACCACCUGAGCACCCUGGGCGGCCAUCCGGUGACCCUGCAUCAUGCGCUCCACACCUUUGGCCACUUGCAUCCCGCCCACGGGGCCACGCAUCCCGCCCUGCUGCAACACGCCCUCACGCCCACCAGCCAGCAGCAGCAGCACCAGCAACAGCACCAGCAACAGCAACAGCAACAGUUGCAUGCCCAGCAGCAACAUCAGUCGCACGUCGAGCGCCUGAGCCCGCCGCCCAAAAGUCCGGAGCGGAAUAGCGGCGAAGAGGUGCAGGGCCACCUCAGCCUCAACAACAACAACAGCAAGGCCCUCAAUCACAACAACACUUGCGCCUCCGCGGCUGCAGCAGCAGCGGUGGCGGCGGCCAACCUGAGCAACAACAGCAACGAUAGCAACGGAAGCAGCGGGGGCGGCGGCAAGGGCACCACCGGAUCGAACGGCUUCACCAGCUUCUCCAUCUCCAGCAUCCUGAGUCGCAGCGAACCGGCCAAGAAGAACGGCGCCGCCGGCUUGAUAACACCCAUUCCGCAGUUGCCGCAACCAGGAUCCGGCGGACCACAGGAUGCAGCCAUGCUGUCCAGGCUGGGCUUCAUCUCGCAGUGGGGAGCGUUGGCGGGUCGUUACGCCGCCCUGUGUCCGCCCGGAUGGCCCUGGGCCCCCCAGCGACUGCCCUUCCACAGUCCCACCCAUGACAGUUCCUCCACGAACACGACCGAGAAUCCCCCAUCGCCCACUUCCAUGAGCCCGAAUAACAACAACAACAACAGCAACACCACUGCCAACUCGAACCAGGCCAGCAAGUCGCCCCUCCACCCUCUGUACCACCCCCUCAAUCCGCAACAGCAGCAGCAGCAACAGCAACACCAGCAGCAACAGCAUCCACAACAGCAACAGCAUCCACAGCAGCAGCAGCAGCAUCCACAUCAGCCCACCACGCCCACCAGCAGCAGCAGCAGCGGCGGCGGCAGCAGCCUGGCCCACCACUCGCAUCCGCAUUUGGGCGGCUCACACGGCGGCUACUUGCUGCCCAGCAGCUCCAACGAAUCGGACGAGGAGGGUGAGGAGAUCAUCGAGGAGGACGACGGCACGGACGGACCCUCCGACAGCUCCUCGCCGCACGGCGAGGGCAACUCGAAGCGCAAGAAGAAGACCCGGACGGUGUUCUCGCGGGCCCAGGUCUUCCAGCUGGAGUCGACCUUUGACCUGAAGCGGUACCUAAGCUCCUCGGAGCGAGCGGGUCUGGCUGCCUCCCUGCGGCUGACCGAGACGCAGGUGAAGAUCUGGUUCCAGAAUCGUCGCAACAAGUGGAAGCGCCAGUUGGCCGCCGAACUGGAGGCAGCCAAUAUGGCCAACAUGGCCCAUGCGGCCCAGCGACUGGUGCGGGUGCCGGUGCUCUACCACGAUGGCACCACGGCGGGAUUUGUGCCGCCGCCGCCGCCGCACCACCAUCCAAUGCAGUAUUAUGCGGCGGCACGCAACACCAGCCCCCCGCGACCGCCCCUCUCGUCGCUGGUAUAG